UCUCCCCGUCUCCAUGGUAACCCCGCGUCGCCUGGCCGUAGAGGAAGGAUACUGCAGCGGAAAGAGCCUGCCCGGCCGCCGUGUUCUACGUCACCAUCCUGCUAAGCCAGAGGCACGCGCUCCUGAAGUAGUAGUUUCAGUGCCCUGACUCCUAGAGGGGGCGGAAGGAAGGGCAAGCAGGGUUAACUCUACUUCUGUACAUCGCCCGCCUCAUUAACCCUCCCGACACCCAACAAAAUGUAACCCCUCCCCCCUCCGCGGGGCGCCCUGCAGCUGGACCGAUCCGGAGACUCUUCGAUGAUGACCAAGAACUUGGAUCCGGUGGCUGAGAAGAUCUGGAGCCUCACCCUGGAGAUCAUCUCCCUGCUGAGCGGAGAGGAUUAUAUGAUUGUGAGGAAGCCCAGUGACUGCGUCCCACCCAGCGACGGCCCCCUUGUGUCAGACGGACCCCCCGGGACCCGGAGCCCCAGCCCGGUGCCUCCACCUCACUCGCUGACCCACGAUAGGAACCGCGAGCAGAAGAUCCUGGAACUGACCAACAAGAUGAUGUCCCUGCUGACUGGAGAGGUAGAGCUGCGCACGUACAGAACGGCCGAGCCGACAAAGAUACACGUGGUGGAGAGGAAUGUAUGGCGACCAGGCCGAGGAGGACUUCCUGCAAAGCCCCGAAUACCGGAGAGACAGAGACCGGCGGGGAAGACUGUCUAAAAAAAGACAGUCAACCUACCGCAGGACAUGCGCAGAGAAACGCCGGAGAAUGUCCACGCGUCACGGAGGGGACGCAGAGCGAUAGAGCGUUUACUCGGAUUAAAGACAGACUCUCCGCAGGAGAAGACGGGGAUCCCGAGGGCCCGCCUGAUGUAGAGCGUCUUGCAGGGGGUGACGUUUAUAGAUCAGAGCACGUGAGCGCCAAUAGCGAGCAGU